CUUCUCAGUGUGCUGUCGCCUGCGGUGCCUGCGGUGCCUGCGGUGUCGCCAUGGGGAAGAAAGCCUCUGUGGGGAAGCGGCCUCGUGGGGCGAAGACUGGUGCAGCCAAUCGCGGCAACCGAGCCGGACAAGGAGCUCUGAGACCAGGUUCUGCUUUGAAGCACUCCAAUGCUUCCUCCAAGCCUGGUCGAACCACACCCAAGGGUGACACCCGGGUGACCAAAGCGGGCUCCCACAUGCGGUCGGAAAGUACCAUCAAAAGGCUUCAGAUGUACAACAAGAAGCCAGAUCGUCGAAGGAUGAAAGAGCAGUCGCUGAAACCCGUUCGAAUCCAGCCGGAUCGAAGGUGGUUUGGAAACACGCGCGUCAUCGCUCAAGAGAAGAUGCAGCAAUUCCGAGAGACGAUUGCGAAAGGGGUCGAAGAUCCUUUCUCGGUGGUGCUGAAAAGCUCCAAGUUGCCCAUGUCGCUGUUGCGUGACACAGAAUCAAAAGCCUCGAGGAUGGACCUUCUGUCCGUAUCCCCAUAUAAGGAGGUCUUCAGCAAAAAGCGACAGCAGAAGAGGGCCAAGAUCGGCGCAAACGAUUUGGAAGGUCUUUUGGAGGCUGCAGACAAGGCAGCAGAGGGCUAUGUGGGAAGUCAAGACAAAUCUGCCUUGGUCGAUGCAUCCACUGGCCUUGAACGUCCAAUGGAGGAUUCAGCAGGUCACGCUGGUGAGGAGAUUUUCAACAAGGGCACCUCGCGACGAAUCUGGGGAGAGCUCUACAAGGUCGUGGAUGCUUCUGACGUCUUAGUAUUUGUGCUGGAUGCCAGAGAUCCCAUGGGCACCCGGUGCCUACAGCUGGAACGUGAGCUCCGGCGACGGCAGAAACACGUGGUCCUGUUGUUGAACAAGGUGGACCUGGUUCCGACCUGGGUCACCCGACGGUGGGUCCAAGAGCUUAUGAAGGAGUUCCCCACGUUGGCGUUCCACGCAUCCAUCACCAAUCCCUUUGGAAAGAACUCCUUGCUGAAUCUGCUGCGCCAAUUUGGCAACCUGCUGAAGGACAAGAAGCACGUGACCAUUGGAAUGGUCGGCUACCCCAAUGUGGGUAAGUCUUCAGUGAUCAACACGUUGAAGAGGAAGACGGUCUGUAAAGCUGCCCCUGUGCCUGGAGAGACUCGGGUUUGGCAAUACAUCGCUCUCACGAGGAAGCUUUAUUUGCUCGACUGUCCCGGGAUUGUUCCGCCUUCGCCCAGUGACUUUGAAGCCGACUGCGCGAAGGUAUUGAAAGGUGUUGUUCGCGCAGAACGCUUGAAGACGCCUUCAGACUACAUCCAUGAGGUGCUACAGCGUGUGAAGAAGCCAUAUUUGCUGCAACGGUACAAGCUGGCGCCAGAUACCACCUGGAAUGAUAGCGAAGAGUUUCUGACCAUUCUGGGGAAAAAGAUGGGCAAGCUCGUGAAGGGUGGCGAUGCAGACAUCGACACCGCGGCUCGCAUCGUCCUCUACGACUGGCAGCGCGGGCGCAUUCCGUACUUCACCGCGCCGCCGGAGCUGCUGGAGACCGAAGAGGACGAGGCCGGCGCUGGCGGAGCCGGAGCGGCACCAUCUGGGCCCGCAGGGCACGUUCCAACGGAAGCAGCGAUCGCGGAGAUUCCGUGCGUCCACGUCUUCGAUGAGGAGGAUCGGCGUGGAGAAGCAGCUCCAACUGCACCAGCUGCACCAGCAGAAGAAGCAGAAGGAAAGGAGGCACCGGCUGAUGCUGAAACACGAAAGCGACCCGCACCUGAGGCAGAGGUGGCCGAAAGGCCCAAGAAGGCUCGUAAAAGAAAAGCACGAAAGACGAGGCCAGCUGCAGCGACAGCCCCUGGGCCUGAGCCUGGCAGUUUGGACUGGAAGGCAGUCGUCGCUGAGUUUGGCAUUUAGUGAAACCACAUUAGUUUUUGCAUCGUCACAAUUUCAUGUCUCACAGAGUCUCACAUCGGGAGUUUUUGCUGCAUCACCAUCAGCCAGCAGACCCUGGAAA